UGUACGUAUGUAACCCUGACCCAAAAAGAGGUCUUGGGUUAUAGUAUUAUUUUAUAUGACUGUGUUUACUAUUUGCAUAAUUUCCCUUUUUCUAAUCUUUUAUGAUGUUUUAUCUUUUCUACUGGUGACUUGUGUUCCAGUAGACCUUUGAUCUUUUCCUGCUUUUGUUAAAGCCUGUCUUUGAUCUUGCCCACUUCCUGGAAGAAUAGAGGAUGUCUUUUGUGUCCUCUGCCUUUUAUUACUGACUGGUGCCCCAGUUGUGUACUCUUCCAGGAGCUAAGCAGGAUGUAGGGACACUUAAUCCCUGGUUGUUGAUCACACCUUGCAGAAGCUGUGAAAACCACAAACUCUGCUGAGUGUUCAUCUGCCUGGUUACUAACUGACCAAUCAGUAUUAGAGUCUUGUGUGACAAUUUGAAGUUGGACCAAUGAGAGCCUGGCUAGUCAUGUGAUCAGGGCAUGGUCUUGGUGCUAGCUGCCCCAAAAUUUUAGCAGAGCUUGGCAUUCCUGAUUCUGCCACCGUGCUGACUGCAUGCCUGCCAUUUUCACCAGCCAUUUUGCAUCAUUUUGUUGUUCGAUUGGAGGAUCCUGAUUCCAAGUUCCCUCCUUUUUGCACGAAUGUUGGCUCUCUGUUUUAGACUGGACCGGCCGUGUCACCUCAAUUUCAAGGGAGACCUAGACGGGACCAUCUGAGUGUUCCCCGAUCUGCCCUCCAGACACCACAUUGCCUGCUCCAGCACUUCCAAGAUCCAUCGGUAUCCCCGACGUCCGAGACCAACAGCUGUCCAGCACGUCGGAGAACCAUCAUUUCCUUCGGCAUCCAAGACAUUGGAGCGUCCCUAGACACAGCCACCAGCAUUGCCCUAGACAAAGCCACUUCAUCUUUCAAGACCUCGCAAGUAUCCCUUUGUUUUACCGUACCGACAAAUGACGAGAGUCGUCAAUUUCUUCUUCAAGUUCAACUAGUCUACUUUGUCACAUCGUUCUUCCAUCGUCUUCAAGCUCUUCUACGCCAUGUAUGGACUCCCGAACUACCGCGGAUGGACGAAAUCGCGAGUUUAAUCAUUUUAUAGUUUUGGCGCCCUUUUUUCCCGAGCUCUAGCUUUGUAUUUUAAAUUUUACAGGAUCCUGUGUUUUCUGUGAAGUAUAUUUAAUAUCAUUGCAUUUUUUACUUGAAUUGCCAUUGCUUGAGACCGUUUUAUUUCUGGCAAUAAAACAUAUUUCAUUGUGUACGUAAAUCCUGAAUUGUGUGAAGUCAAGAGUUCUUUUUCAAAAGGGAGUUAAAUUAAUAUAAAAUUUGGUUCCUGUUAUUUUGAAAUGUGAACCACGGGUUACAUUUUGGGGGCUUGUCCGGGAAAGUUUUAUUUUUUUGAUUUGACUUGACUUUGAGUAUAAGGGAUUUGUGUGCACAUUGAUUUUGUUUUGUUGUUGGAUUGAGAGUCGGUAUUUAUUGUUUGAUAUUGUUCAUUGAUUGAUGCUAACGGUUACUCUCAUGUUAUUUACUCUGUGAUUGCUAUUGCUCUAUUGAUUGACGCUAACUGUUUUCUCAAAGGUAUAUUAUUUAUCCUGUGAAUUAUUUUUUAUACUUGCCAAGAGAGCCAACAUCCGUGCAAAUUCCCAUUUUUUGGCUAUUCCCCAUUGUUCUAUGCGUAUUGUAUUUUCUGUUUGUUCAAAUUUCACUUGUGUCACACUAUGGCGGAUGCAGCACUCAGACAGAAGGGUGUGGAUUGGUGUAAGAAGGAUGAUCUCCGACCCACUCACUCUGUUUUGUUGACAUUUCAACUGUCUAGCCCAUUGGUUGAAGAUACAGAUAUUUUUGCCUGUUCUUUGCAUGAUAUUUUCCCUUCAUUGGAAGGUCUUUCUAGGAAAGACACUGAUGACCAGAGUUCUGCUAUUUUCCUCUGUGAUUUCUCUCAGCCCAUCUCUUCUCUAGGACUAAGGACCGAGAUUAAUCUCAGCUGUCACGGGUCAUCGACACUCUGUCGAGUCAUCCGGCUGGAUGACUCCCCAUCAAAGCGUGUCACCAUUAGCCACCUACGGAAGAGUGGUGUGCUGAACGCAUGGAACCUGAGAGAGAGGACUCCUGCAUCUCAGUCUCCGUCCACUUCAGAUUCUAAUUCUUCUUCCCAACAAUCUCUUCCUUCCGACUUCACUAGAUCUUUUGCUCGCUGUACUCUGGCAGCAAACUACAGAAAGCUCAGAUGUUUUUCUGGUUCCUCCACACCGUCCCGUGAUGAAGAUGACUACGUCUCCUGGAUAGACCAUGUCGAGGGGCAGAUGGAUGAGUGGCAGGAUCUUGAUGAUGCCGAGAAGAGGAAACGCAUUCGCGAGGCUUUGCGUCCACCCUCGCUGAACAUCAUCAAUGAUCUGCGUCGAGACAACCCUGCUGCUAUGUCACAUGAGUAUUUGAAGGCUCUCGACAUUGCGUUCGGCGACACUGAGACGGACGACGAGUUAUUUGUGAAAUUUCACAGUUUGACUCAGACCGAAGGCGAGUCUCCAUCGAAGUUUCUGACGAGGUUGCAGAAUGUGUUGAGGCGAGCACUGAGGAGGGGUGUUGUCCCUCAUGCCCAGUCCAACAGGGUGCGGCUUACUCAAUUCAUCCGUGGUAUUCUGUUCGACGAGAUGCUACUGGUCAACCUACAACUUAGGGACAAGAUGGAUCAGCCACCAUCGUUCCUGAGCCUGCUGUCCAUGGUUAGGAAACAGGAGGACGAGACCAGACUCAAGUCAGAAAGUCGUGGUCGUCCAACCAGAGGACCGGGAAAGGCCCAGCACCUACAGCAUGCUGCAAAUCCUCAGACUCAGUUUUCUCACUCUGCCGAUCCUCAGGCACAUUUCUCCCACUCUGCCCAUCCUCAGGCACAUUUCUCCCACUCUGCCCAUCCUCAGGCACAUUUCUCCCACUCUGCCCAUCCUCAGGCACAUUUCUCCAACUCUGCCCAUCCUCAGGCACAUUUCUCCCACUCUGCCAAUCCUCAGGCACAAUUCUUCCAUCAGAAUGCCUCGCCCAUGCAGCAUUCCACUCCACAGACGCCGACUCAUGGUUUCCGAGGCCCUGCAAAAGGACGGCAACCCCGCCAGAACCCUGACCGAGGCCAUGAGAGGGGCACUCUGGUAGAUUUUUGUUUCUCGUGUGGCCAGGAAGGACACAUUCGCCGGAGAUGCAUGAACCCGGCCAACGCUGAAGUUGUCAACAGAAAGUUGAUCAAGUUUGUUCUUGGUGGACCGUCGGGAAACGGGCAAGGACAUCUGCAGGAGGGGACCCAGAUGUCCGAACGCCAGUAAACCCCAAGGUUCAGUACGAGACAGGGACAGAUGUUCCUCAGGGAUUGAUUGGUGACACAAUCACACCGCGGUGUUGGGUUGAUGGACUCAACACCCACUGCUUACUAGACAGUGGUUCUCAAGUAACUUUGAUAUCCAAAAGUUUCUUUGACUGUCUCAACCGUGAUCUGCACCCUCUUAAUGAUCUUGUUUUGUUUCAUGGAGGUGAUGGAAAGAUGCCAUACUUAGGUUGGACUUAUGUCUCUAUGGGGUUUGACGACUCCUUCAGUGGGACCAGUAGUCAGUUCAACACCUUUGCUUUGGUCGUCCCAGAUGGGCGAAACUCCA